UCUCCCCCUUCUAUUCCCCCCCCCCUGCUUCUUUAUGUUGUACCCAAGGGGGGUUUGGGAAAUGGCGGCCUGAGAGUCCAUUCAGCCUGUCACCCGGUAGCCCUAUUCCACUUGUUGGUUACUUUUUAUUUUUCUUUUCUUCCGCCCCAUCCUGAGCUGGAGGGAGGGGUCAGCUCCAGGAAAUCCCUCACACGCCAGUCGGGCUGGGCAGCCCGGGUUCCCCCCUAAACAAAAGUUUGUGCUUCGGUCCGUUUCCCCGGGGGUGCUGACUCCCGGGCUCCCUGAGCCUUGCGGUGACCCUGUGUGAGUGGACGGAUGUGGCUGUGAGACAAACAUGACUCGCUGGGUCCCCACCAAGAGAGAGGAGAAGUACGGAGUGGCUAUUUACAACUACGAUGCAAAAGGGCCAGAUGAGCUAUGCUUACAGAUUGGAGACACUGUGCACAUAUUGGAAACCCAUGAAGGCUGGUACAGAGGCUAUUCUUUGAGAAAGAAGUCCAAAAAGGGAAUAUUUCCAGCAAGCUUUGUUCAUCUCAAAGAGGCAGUCAUCGAUGGAAAGGGGCAGCAUGAAACCAUUGUUCCCUGCGAAAUCCCUCUGGUUCAAGAAGUCACUACAACGCUACGAGAAUGGUCAACUAUUUGGCGACAGCUAUACAUUCAAGACAAUCGCGAUAUGUUUAAGUGCGUAAGAAAUAUGAUUUAUGACCUGGUGGAAUGGCGAUCUCAGAUUCUCUCCGGUACUCUACCGCAAGAUGAAUUGAAAGAACUUAAAAAGAAAAUAACUGCCAGGAUUGACUAUGGAAACAGAAUCCUUGACUUGGAUCUGGUCGUACGGGAUGAAGAUGGAAAUAUUUUGGACCCAGACCAAACCAGCACAUUAAGUCUCUUCAGGGCACAUGAAAUUGCUUCCAAGCAGGUUGAGGAAAGAAUACAAGAAGAAAAGUCUCAGAAAAACGAUAUCAGCAGGCAAGCCAAGUUUGCUGCAACGCCUUCAUUCGCUUUAUUUGUCAAUUUGAAAAAUGUAGUGUGCAAAAUUGGGGAGGAUGCCGAAGUCCUUAUGUCUCUUUAUGACGCUUCUGAAUCAAAGUUUAUAAGUGAAAACUACUUGGUGCGUUGGUCAAGUUCAGGCCUGCCAAAAGACAUUGACAAGCUGCAUUAUCUACGAUCAGUUUUUACUGAUCUUGGAAGUAAAGAUGUUAAAAGAGAUAGAAUAAGCUUUGUGUGCCAGAUUGUGAGAGUGGGGAGAAUGGACCUACGGGAUAACAACACUAAAAAACUGACCCUGGGGCUGAGGAGACCGUUUGGUGUUGCAGUAAUGGAUGUAACUGACAUAAUCACUGGUAAAGUGGAUGAUGAGGACAAACAAUAUUUCAUACCUUUUCAACCGCUUGCAUUGGAUGACGCCAUUCGACACAAGCAGCUGAAUAUAUCAUCCCGUUUUUCACCCAGGGUGGCAGGGGAGAGUGAUUUCCUUCAGGCUGUUAUUAACAAAGUGAUUGUUGCUAAAGAAGUCAACCACAAAGGUCAAGGUUUAUGGGUCACGAUGAAAUUGCUGCCUGGUGACAUUCAUCAGAUUCGCAAGGAAUUUCCUCAUCUAGUAGACAGGUCAACAGCUGUUGCUCGGAAAAUGGGAUUUCCAGAGAUCAUCAUGCCAGGUGAUGUGCGCAAUGACAUAUAUGUCACAUUAAUUCAAGGGGACUUUGACAGAGGAAACAAAACUGCGCAGAAGAAUGUUGAAGUAUCUCUUUCAGUCUUUGAUGAAGAUGGGAAACGGUUAGAGAAUGUUAUUUACCUCGGGGCAGGCGAUGAACCCAUUUCCGAGUACAAAUCCGUUGUGUACUAUCAAGUGAAGCAACCCCGAUGGUUUGAGACUGUAAAAGUUGCCAUCCCAAUUGAAGAUGUGAAUCGUAGCCAUUUAAGAUUUUCUUUCCGCCACAGAUCUUCCCAGGACUCCAAAGAUAAAACAGAAAAACCAUUUGCAGUGGCCUUUGUAAAACUGAUGAGAUAUGAUGGAACAACAUUAAGGGAUGGGGAACAUGAUCUCAUAGUUUACAAGGCCGAGGCGAAGAAACAAGAGGAUGUGGCCACGUACCUUGGCCUUCCUUCAACCAAAAUUGAACUGGAAGAAAGAGGACACUAUACUUCCGGGAAAACCAUGGUUAACCUUGGCAAUUGGACUAUUAGCAAGGACUCCUUCCAAAUAUCCACAUUGGUCUGUUCGACUAAACUCACCCAGAAUGUUGAUUUGUUGGGUCUUUUGAAAUGGCGCUCAAAUACAAAUUUGCUGCAACAGAAUCUGCGUCAGCUGAUGAAGGUUGAUGGUGAAGAAGUCGUUAAGUUCCUGCAGGACACGCUAGAUGCCCUUUUUAACAUCAUAAUGGAAAAUUCGGAAAGCGAAACCUAUGAUAUAUUGGUAUUUGAUGCUUUGGUGUUUAUCAUUGGCCUGAUCGCUGACAGGAAAUUCCAACACUUUAAUCCAGUUCUGGAGACUUACAUAAAGAAGCAUUUCAGUGCAACAUUGGCAUACACGAAACUGACUAAAGUGUUAAAAAACUAUGUUGAAAGUGCUGAUAAACCACAGGUGAUGGACCAGCUAUUCAAGGCAAUGAAAGCUUUGGAAUACAUCUUUAAAUUUAUUGUGCGAUCCAGAGUAUUGUUUAACCAAUUGUAUGAAAAUAAAGGAGAAGCUGAAUUUACAGAAUCCUUGAUACAGCUGUUCAAAUCCAUCAAUGAAAUGACAAGUACUAUCACUGAUCAGACUGUUAUAGUAAAGGGAGCGGCACUGAAAUAUUUGCCUGCCAUCAUAAAUGAUGUGAAGCUUGUAUUUGACCCAAAAGAACUAAGUAAAUUGUUCACAGAAUUCAUCCUGAAUAUUCCAAAAGAACGGCUUGUGCGACAGAAACUGUACUGCCUCAUCGAGAUUGUACACAGUGACCUGUUUAGUCAGUUAGAAUGCAGAGAUAUUCUACUGCCAAUGAUGAUAGAUCAACUUAAGUUUCACUUGGAAAGACAUGAAGAACCUGAAGCUUGUUGUCAGCUGCUGAGCAACAUCCUGGAAAUGCUUUAUAGGAAAGAUGUGGGACCUACACAGCGCCACAUCCAGAUCAUUAUGGAAAAAUUAUUAAGAACAGUAAACAGAACAGUUAUAUCCAUGGGCCGCGAUUCAGAACUCAUAGGUAACUUUGUUGCUUCAAUGACUGGAAUUUUAAGGCAAAUGGAAGAUUACCACUAUGGGCAUCUUAUAAAGACGUUUGGAAAAAUGAGGACCGAUGUUGUGGACUUUUUGAUGGAGACAUUUAUUAUGUUCAAGAACCUCAUUGGAAAAAACGUUUACCCUUCCGACUGGGUUAUCAUGAACAUGAUGCAGAACAAAGUCUUUUUACGGGCAAUUAAUCAGUAUGCAGAUAUGCUCAACAAAAAAUUUCUCGAUCAAGCCAACUUUGAACUACAGCUGUGGAAUAACUACUUUCACUUGGCGGUUGCAUUUCUCACCCAAGAAUCAUUACAGCUGGAGAAUUUCUCAAGUGCCAAAAGAAACAAAAUCCUUAACAAGUAUGGGGAUAUGAGACGCCAAAUUGGAUUUGAAAUAAGGGACAUGUGGUACAACCUAGGACAACAUAAAAUCAAAUUUAUUCCUGAGAUGGUUGGCCCUAUACUGGAAAUGACCUUGAUCCCAGAAACAGAGCUUCGAAAAGCAACAAUCCCCAUAUUCUUUGACAUGAUGCAGUGCGAGUUCCACUCCACUCGAAGUUUCCAGAUGUUUGAGAAUGAGAUCAUCACCAAGUUGGACCAUGAAGUUGAAGGAGGGCGAGGAGACGAGCAGUACAAAGUGUUAUUUGAGAAAAUACUGCUGGAGCACUGCCGGAAACAUAAAUACCUAGCAAAGAAUGGAGAGAACUUUGUCACGCUGGUUGUCCGGCUCAUGGAGCGAUUACUGGACUACAGGACAAUCAUGCACGACGAGAACAAAGAGAACCGAAUGAGCUGCACUGUCAAUGUUUUGAAUUUCUACAAAGAGAUUGAGAGAGAAGAAAUGUACAUAAGGUAUUUGUACAAACUGUGCGAUCUACACAAGGAAUGUGAUAACUAUACCGAGGCUGCCUAUACUCUACUGCUGCACGCCAAGCUUUUAAAGUGGUCUGAAGAAGCAUGUGCCGCACACCUUACUCAGCGGGAUGGUUACCAAGCAACAACACAAGGGCAACUAAAAGACCAGCUGUACCAAGAAAUUAUCCAUUACUUUGAUAAAGGCAAGAUGUGGGAAGAAGCGAUCACCCUUGGCAAAGAACUGGCUGAACAGUAUGAAAAUGAGAUGUUUGAUUAUGAGCAACUCAGUGAACUGCUGAAAAAGCAAGCCCAGUUUUUUGAGAACAUUGUGAAAGUCAUCCGACCCAAACCCGAUUAUUUCGCUGUUGGAUACUAUGGACAAGGGUUUCCUACAUUUAUUAGGAACAAAAUGUUCAUGUACAGAGGCAAAGAGUAUGAACGGCGUGAAGAUUUUGAAGCUCGUCUCUUGACCCAGUUUCCAAACGCGGAGAAGAUGAAGACGUCGUCUCCACCCGGCGAUGACAUAAAGAAUUCUGUCGGACAAUAUAUCCAGUGUUUCACAGUGAAACCCCUACUGGAACUGCCUCCAAAGUUUCAGAACAAGUCUGUAUCAGAACAGAUUCAAAGUUUUUACAGAGUGAAUGAAGUCAUUCGAUUCCAGUAUUCCAGACCAUUUCGAAAAGGGGAGAAAGAUCCAGACAACGAAUUUGCUAACAUGUGGAUCGAGAGAACUACCUUUUCAAUAGCAUACAAGCUGCCAGGGAUAUUGAGAUGGUUUGAAGUAAAAUCCAUAUAUACGGUCGAAAUAAGUCCACUGGAAAAUGCCAUUGAGACAAUGCAAUUAACAAAUGAAAAGAUUAAUAACAUGGUCCAGCAACAUAUGAAUGACCCUAAUUUGCCCAUAAACCCACUGUCUUUGCUUCUCAACGGGAUUGUGGAUCCUGCUGUGAUGGGAGGAUUUGCAAACUAUGAAAAGGCAUUCUUUACUGAAAAAUAUAUGCAAGAACACCCAGAGGACAACGAGAAGAUUGAAAAGCUGAAGGACUUGAUCGCAUGGCAGGUUCCAUUCCUGGCAGAAGGAAUAAAAAUUCAUGGGGAAAAGGUAACAGAGGCAUUAAGGCCUUUCCAUGAAAGGAUGGAGGUUUGCUUCCGGCAACUGAGGGAGAAAAUAGAGAAGCAAUACGGUGUGAAAACACUGUCUUCAAACCCUGACGAGAGGCGGGGGAAUCGGCCAAGAUCUAUGGUCCGUUCAUUUACCAUGCCGUCGUCAUCGAGACCUUUGUCUGUUGCCUCCGUGUCUUCAGUGUCUUCAGACAGUACCCCAUCAAGACCUGGCUCAGAUGGGUUUGUUCUGGAACCACUUUUGCCAAAGAAAAUGCAUUCUCGCUCCCAAGAUAAAUUGGACCGAGAUGAUCUUGAUAAGGAGAAGAAGGAGAAAAAGAAGGAGAAAAGGAACAGCAAGCACCAAGAGAUGUUUGAUAAAGAAUUUAAAGCUACUGAAAUUCCACUGCAGCAGUCUGACGCCGUUAUUCUGUCAGAAACGAUAAGCCCUUUAAGGCCUCAGCGACCAAAAAGCCAAGUUCUCAACCUCGUUACUGGUGAAAGGCGGAUUUCUGUAUCUCCAGGCCCAGCUACCCCACAACAAACCCAGCCACCACCCAUUACUCCAAGAGUUAGGGCUCUGUUCAGUCUUCCAUCAGGCGUGGAAAUGAACGGUGAAUCAGUGGCUACCCCCCCUCCACUUCCAGUCAAAGGGAGCACGGCAGAUUACGGCAAUGUCAUGGAUUUCACGGAUUCCGUAACUCCUUCAACUCCUCCACCCCCUCCUCACAGGAAUCUUCCUCCUCCGCUGCCAAGCAAGACGCCACCACCGCCUCCCCCAAAGACAAUGCGAAAGCCGACCACCAUGGAUUUUGGAAUCUAGCAGUAGCUGUGUCGACACGGAUGCCAAAUGUAAAACUUACUUCAGCUAAUGAUGCAAAAAUUACCUCAGCGGGGCCUGUGGUGUCUUCUUUUUUUUUUUGUGCAAUCAUCGAUAAUGGAAAAUAAUUUAGAUUUAACAAAUGAUUAUGAGAAUUUUGUGAGCUACUGAACUGUGGAUACUAAUUUAUCUAGAGAAGUACUCAAUGAGGGAUGUCCAGCUUGGCAUCCUCCAGCUGCUGUCAUUCUGCAUCUCUCAGCAUCCCCCCAACAGCAUGCUGGGAACUGUAACUCUCUACACAGCAGCCUGAGGGCCUCCCGCUGGGCGUCUGUAAUAAUUCAAUAUCAAUAUUUACUAAGUCGUUUUUUGACAAAAUCUCCUAAUGAUGACCUCACUAAGUUCCAAGUCAUCACCUUGUACAGAAAUUUGUAUAUAUGAAAUUUUUUUUUCUUUAUUUUUUUUUUUAAUUUUAGGUUGUUUUAAUUUUUUUUUUUAUUAUACCUGAUUUUAUCUACAAGGAAAGUGUCCUUAUCUACUUACAUUCAUAAAGACCCAUAUCUAAUCAGCCUUCAGCUCUGCCAAACACGUAUCCAUAAGCACGUGCACGUAACUAUUGUACAUGAUAACAGGGGCAGGCAGCGUUCCGCUAUCCCUGAUAGAGUGCGGUAUAAAUACCUGACUAAGAAAAUACAAACAAUUGUUCAAAGUAAAGGAUAACGUUUAACAACAUUAUUUUGAAAUGCAGAUUAUGAAUAAAUUAAGAUUAUGAGGACAAAUCUG